UGCUAAGGAUCGAGCAAGUCGCGCCAUGGCUGAUCCACGACCUAACUAGCUAAGCUAUAGCUUAAUUUGAUUUCUAUUUAAGACCUUGACAUUAACGCAUGGAGGUGUGCCCAAUACAAUUGUGACCGAUCGAUCGAGGAAGAAGACGACGACCAUGAGGACGAUGCUUCCUCUCCUCGUUAUCCUCGUCGUCGGGCUCCGGCUCGCCGGCGCGAGCCCUCCGCCGCAGCCGGUGGCCUGCACCAAGGGCACCACCGACUGCACGGUGACCAACGUGUACGGCUCCUUCCCCGACCGCACCAUCUGCCGCGCCGCCGACGCGUCGUUCCCGCGCACGGAGGCGGAGCUCGUGGCGGCCGUGGCGGCGGCGGCGGCGGCGGGGCGGAAGGCGAAGGCGGCGACGAGGCACUCCCACAGCUUCCCCAAGCUGGCGUGCCCCGGCGGCCGCGACGGCACCAUCAUCAGCACCCGGUUCCUCAACCGCACGGUGGCCGUCGACGCGGCGGCGCGGCGGAUCACCGUCGAGAGCGGCGUCGUGCUGCGGGACCUCAUCAGGGCCGCCGCCGCCGCCGGCCUCGCGCUGCCGCACUCGCCCUACUGGUACGGCCUCACCGUCGGCGGCCUCCUCGCCACCGGCGCCCAUGGCAGCUCGCUCUGGGGCAAGGGUAGCGCCGUGCACGAGUACGUCGUCGGGCUACGCAUCGUCACCCCGGCCCCGGCGAGCCAGGGGUUCGCCGUCGUCAGGGAGCUCGUCGCCGGCGACCCCGACCUCGACGCCGCCAAGGUCUCCCUCGGCGUCCUCGGCGUCAUCUCUCAGGUGACAUUCGAGUUGCAGCCGCAGUUCAAGAGGUCGGUGAGGUUCGUGACGCGGGACGACUCGGACUUCGCGGAGAAGGUGGCGGUGUGGGGCGGCGCGCACGAGUUCGGCGACAUGGCGUGGCUGCCGCGGCAGGGGAAGGUGAUCUACCGGGAGGACGACCGCGUCGACGUGGCCACGCCGGGGAACGGCCUCAACGACUACCUCGGCUUCCGCGCGCAGCCGACGCUGGGCCUCAUCACCGCCAGGGCCGCCGAGGAGCGGCUGGAGAGGAACGGCACCGACAUCGCCCGCUGCCUCGCGGCGCGGCUGCCGCCGUCGCUGUUCGAGCUCCAGGCCUACGGCUUCACCAACGACGGCGUCUUCUUCACCGGCUGGCCGGUGGUCGGGUUCCAGCACCGGAUCCAGGCGUCGGGGACGUGCAUCAGCUCGCCGGAGGACGGCCUCCUCUCCUCCUGCACCUGGGACCCACGGAUCCGGGGGCCCUUCUUGUACAACUCCGGCUUCAGCAUCGCGCUGCCCAGGGCGGCGGCGUUCGUCGCCGACAUGAUGCGGCUGCGCGACCUCAACCCGCGGGCCUUCUGCGACAUCGACGCCAAGCUCGGCAUCCUCAUGCGCUACGUCAAGGCGAGCUCCGCCUACCUCGGCAAGCCGGAGGACUGCGUCGACUUCGACGUCACCUACUACCGGAGCUACGACGACGGCGAGCCGCGCCCGCACUCCGACGUGUUCGACGAGCUGGAGCAGAUGGCGCUGCGCAAGUACGGCGCCGUCCCGCACUGGGGGAAGAACCGUAACUUCGCCUUCGACGGCGCCGCCGCCAAGUACCCCAACUCCGGCGAGUUCAUCAAGGUGAAGGAGAGAUACGACCCCGACGGCAUCUUCUCCAGCGAGUGGAGCGACCAGGUGCUGGGCAUCAGCGGGAGCCCCAACAUCGUCGACAAGCGCUGCGCCAUUGAAGGCCUCUGCGUCUGCUCCGACGACUCCCACUGCGCGCCGGAGCUCGGCUACUUCUGCCGCCCGGGGAAGCUUUUCAAGGAGGCCAGGGUCUGCUCCAAAGACAAAUCCGCCGCCGCCGGUGAUGAUGAUCUCCUCGAUGAAUUGUGAUUUAUUAUUAUUUGAUCGAAUUUCGUUCAAGUCAAAUAAUACAUGCAUGGCUAGCUAGCUCUGCAUGAAAUGAAAUGCAAAUUUAUAUUUAAUUAAUCAAGAAAAAGAUAAGCACGUACGAAAUAAUCCACCUGCUACAUUGGGAUGGCGUAUGUGGUAGGUAGUGAUACUGUAAAUUGGUUGGCGUGAUUUGAUUUUGAGAUGUAAUGAUGCUUUAAUGUGGACAGUGUCAGUGGUUUGGAAAAUUGUACUCCCUCUAUCUCUAAAUAUUUGACGCCAUUAACUUUUUAAAA